AUUUCGUUUUUGGGUUCGGAAUUCUUCGAGUCGGGCCCUAGUAAAUAUCCAAGAAACCGAGCUCCGGAGACGGGACGACAAUGACGAAGAUGCUAUCAGCCACAUUCAAAUCAGUGAAACCCCAUUCCAAGUCCCUUCCAUUCCUUCUUCCCCUUUCCAGACCGAUAAACUCAUCGGAAAACCAAUCUCGAAUUUCGCCCCGAUCGUCGCCGAAAAGGCCUUCACCAUAUAAAAUUUUGGCACAAUCCUCGCCGGAAAAGCCCUCAUCAUCUACAAUUUUGCCCGAAGCAUCGCCGAAAAAUCCCCCAUCGUCCGUUCCGAGAUUCUCGCGCAAGACCUCGUGGGUUGUUUAUCUUAUCCUCUCCACCAAUCCACCUAUCAGGACUUACGUUGGCGUCACCAACAAUUUCUCCACCAGACUAAAACAACACAAUGGUGAGCUAAAAGGCGGUGCAAAAGCAUCUCGCUCGGGAAGGCCAUGGAUUUGUGCAUGUCUUGUACAAGGAUUUAGGGAUAAAAAUACAGCUUAUGCGUUUGAAUCAAAAUGGAAGAGCAUUUCAAGAAAAUUGCCCCGCAAACAGAGUAGCAAGAAUCAGAAGCUAGCAGAAAGCUCUCGGUGUUUGCUGUUGAAACACAGAUAUGCAGCUCUAAAUAAGGUUGUGGAUUUGAUCGAUUGUGAUUGUUUGAAAAUCAAUUGGCACUUGAAUCCUGUGUAAUUGUUAAGCAAGCAAAAGAACAGAUAGGGCUGCAUUUCUCAUCAAUGUGGGAAAAUAACUUUGAUUUUGUCCUUUAAUUUGGAUAUGAUUGUCUGAAGCUUGGAGAAACUUGGAUAGAUAAGGUUAUGGUGAUUAGGAUCAAUACGUUCAAAAGGUUUCCACAUUAGUAUGGUGUUAUAGAUAGUUAGAGUUACUGUUAUCUGUACAAUAUAUAAAUGUAGCUU